CCUAGUGAAAUAAAUGUUAUACAUGAAAGACAAUUACAUUUUCACGUACUUCGGAACGAAGUCACUGUCAAAAUAACUCAAUUUUGAUUUUGACUGAGAUUUUGAUCAAGAAAAUAUAUUUAUAAAACAAAUAUUGUUGAAUAAGUGAUCACAAAUAUGCUGUCUUUUGGGCCUGAUGAAGUCGGUUUAGCGGAUCGAUCGCCUUGUGCUGGAAUACGCGCUGAUUUGAAGAUGUGUUUAUUAAGUAGUGAUUGUUGUAAAAAGGAAAAGAAAACUCCACGUGAAUGCCUGAAAGACGGUUUAGUUCCAACAGAGUGUUUGCAGUUGCGUCAAAGUUUCUUUGAAUGUAAACGUUCCUUGCUUGACAAUAGAAGAAGAUUUAGAGGUCACAAAGGGUAUUAAUUAAUUGUUAGACAUAGAAAUAGUGUUAUGUUUUAAUUAUAGUUAUUUACAAUAAAUGUUUUAAAAAAUA